UUUAUAGCGUUUUUAAAUAUCCCGCCUAAAUUUUCAGAAUCCAAAAUGGCCGAACUCUUGAAUGAAGGUAUUCUGCUGGGUAUGGGAAACCCUCUGCUAGAUAUAUCUGCAUCAGUUGCUCCUGAACUCUUGGAGAAGUAUAAACUCAAGGCAAACGAUGCUAUCCUAACGGAGGAUGAGGCAAUAUUUAAAGAUCUGGUCGAUAACCACGAGGUUGAAUAUAUAGCAGGGGGUGCUACUCAGAACUCUAUCCGAGUGGCGCAGUGGAUCCUAGGGAAACCUAAAGCAACUUCUUAUUUUGGAUGUGUUGGAGCCGACGAAUCUCGAGAUAAACUAAUAGAGAAAGCUGAGGAGGCUGGGGUAAAUGUUAAAUAUCAGAUCUCAGAGCAUCCCACAGGUCGGUGUGCUGUACUUAUCACGGGACAUGAGAGAUCUCUGGUCACUAAGCUCGAUGCCGCAAAUCAUUUUACGGUUUCUCAUUUGGAAGACGAGGACAACUGGAAACUAGUCCAGAAGGCCCAGGUUGUUUACUCGGCUGGGUUCUUCCUCACUGUAUCCGUUGAGUCUAUGCUGAAGGUUGCUAAAUAUUGUGCAGCUAAGGAUAGAAUCUACUGUAUGAAUCUCUCAGCUCCUUUCCUCUGCCAGUUCUUCAAAGAUCAGAUGGCAUCAGUUUUACCGUUCACAGACAUCAUUUUUGGAAACGAAACUGAAGCUGCUGCAUAUGCUGAGAGCCAAAAUCUGGGAACAACCGAUGUUAAAGAGAUAGCUAAGAAGAUUGCAAUGCUACCGAAGGAGAACGGGAGCAGGAGCAGGAUUGUUAUCAUCACUCAAGGCAAAGAGCCGGUUGUUCUGGUGAGUGAAGGUCAGAUCUCCGAGCACCCUGUAGAGGUGCUGACCAGCGACCAGAUCAUUGACACCAACGGAGCAGGAGAUGCAUUCGUUGGAGGGUUCCUCGCUAUGUUUGUUCAGAAGAAACCGUUGUCUAUCUGCAUCAAAUGUGGAGUAUGGGCCGCCACUCAAAUAAUUCAAAGAUCUGGAUGUACCCUACCCAACACAAUGGACUUCAAGGUCUAAAGAAUUCAGGGAACUCCGCGCCAUCAAAUCUUGAUGAAAUUAUCUUUACACCGUGUGAUGAACUAAAGAUGAGAUUUUGUUUGCAUUUCUACAAUGUAUUUCAGA